AAGCGAUCGCAAAAUAGGUAGCUAGCCGAUGUUAGUUAACGUUCUACUUGGUUUACUCAUCUAUUACAGACUGUAAUCUUGGUUCUCUCUCUAGCUCAGGAAGAUACUUGUUUGACAGUGUUAUGAGGUAUUUAUUAUUGUACUUUACUUGCGUGAAAAUGGUCGAACUGGAAAUACAGAAAGUGUACUUUUCGGUAUUUUACGGCAUCGUUCUGGACGCCGUUCGAGUGUCAGUGUGCGCGUGAGAUUAUCUUUACAGAGCACGGCUUUUCACCGGAGGAGAAACGGAGAAGAGUGGAUUUUAACUUCUGAACGUGACAAAAUGGUGAAUGUAAGGUUAAAUGGUUGCUUAAAAGCCCAGGUACAUUUUCCUGUGAGCUCCAGUCUUCAGCCUUCUGAAUGAAACAGGUGAACAAUUGUUAAAGAUAACUGCGCGCGCGCCGGGAGCCUCCCGCCUCAGUGGACAUUUCAGAGGAGAAAUCCAACUUUGACCAGCUUCCACAAGUUUGUUUUUCCACCAGGACUGUCCCAGCAUUCGGAUGCAUUUAUCACUAGAUGCUAUUAACAUGGUGGAUGACAGCUGCCCCUCGCCAGGCAACUUCCACGAGAUGGUAAAAGGAGCGGUGGUGUCUGUUGGGACCCAUGUCCACAGCAUUGAUGUGAUCCUGGGCUUCACAAAGGACCCCGUGCCCUUGCUCAAUCCAGGAGUCAACGCUGUACCUCCUGAAGUUACUGUGGAAAGUCCAGGGGAUGCAGGAAAGCAAGAUCACAUCAUGCACGCUUAUGGCACUGUGUCUCCGAGAGACAAAUCAGAGCUGCCUGCUUUUCACGUACCUGAAACAUUUUCUGACACAUGUAAGUCUGAGCGAAGAGAGGUGUGGAAAACGGCUGAGAGUGACGGGAAUUCUCCAGAGCAGUCGGAUGUGGAGCAACCGAAGAAAAAGCACCGGCGAAACCGCACCACAUUCACCACAUACCAACUCCAUGAGCUGGAGUGUGCCUUUGAGAAGUCUCACUACCCUGAUGUGUACAGCCGUGAGGAGCUCGCCAUGAAGGUCAACCUCCCUGAGGUCCGAGUACAGGUGUGGUUCCAGAACCGUCGUGCCAAAUGGAGGCGUCAGGAGAAGAUGGACGCCAGCGCCGUAAAGCUUCAUGACUCGCCUAUGCUCUCCUUCAGUCGACCAUCCAUGCACACCAGCAUGAGCCCCAUGAGUAACUCGCUGCCCCUGGACCCUUGGUUAGCGUCUCCCCUGAACAACACUACACCAAUGCAUGCUAUUCCAGACUUCAUGGGGUCUGCACAGGGUCUGCAGGCCGGAUAUCAAAGCCACAGCUUCCUGAACCCCCCUCAGGUCAUGAACCAAAGUGUGCAGCCCAUGGCACCCCCUCCGUAUCAGUGCCCUCCGGUGUUUACUGAUAAAUUCUCCCUGGAGGAAGUUGACCAACGCAGCUUCAGCAUUACCGCGCUGAGGAUGAAAGCCAAGGAACAUAUUCAAUCCAUGGACAAAACAUGGCAGUCCAUGUGACAGGACUGAGCCAAAAACCAUAAAGGUGUUAUGCUUUGCUGCAUUAGAACAGUAUAUGAAAUAAACGGAUAAAACUGAGGACGGAGGGAGUAAAGUGACAAAAUCUGACAACAAUGAGCUCAUUAAACUUUCAGUGAAAUGAUGAAACCUAAGGAUGUGUGGUAUUCGGACUGCAUAGAACACAUAAGAAAGCAAUUUUUAUGAUGAGCUUAUCCUGUGUUAAUUUUCUGAAAGCUGACCCAAACGGUAUUGUAGGCUUUAAAUCUGCUGCUUCCUCCCUCAAUCUAGGCUGUUAAUUCAGGUGAAGAAUCUGAUGGUAAUAAGCUGGAUACCAUGUUUAUUUAUAUUUUUGUCUGCCCUUAGGUGGCUUCUUGGAAAAAAGAAAACGAACCAUAGAGCUCGCCAUAUGGCUGGAAUUUAUAAUGAAACUGUGUAUAUUGUCAUUUUUAUUUCCUUUUGUAAUAUACUUAAUUCUGUUCUUCAAGAGUAGCCCAAUUAAUUGCUUAUUUCCUUCUCUUCUAUGAAGAAGACAUUUAGUUGCACUUGUUAGAUCUCUAAACCAACAUUCAAAUCAGCUAAAUGUGUUAUCCAAUCAGUUUAAGUCGAAACAAGAAAGCUAAACUGAGACAUAUUACCAGCAUGUAGCCAGGUCAGCUUUUCACUGUCAUCUAGAAAAUGACAGCAUGCUGAGCACAGUAAUGUCCCAAAAACUGAAAACUGAUCAAAACAAGUCAAAAGAAGGGCUUGCUAGCACAGCCACUAUAUCACUGUUGAACUAUCUAUUAAAAGCAAUAUGUUAGUUCUUUUGCAAUAAGUUACACUUUUCUUUGUAUAUCAGAUGUAUCAUUUGUACUUCUAUAACACUGAUCAAGUACAUGUUUUAUUUUUAGUUUUUUUUUUUUUAAAGGUUUAGCUCAAUUAUAGACAGUGUAUAAACAACAGCCAGUGUUUAUUUUUAGUAUAAUUGUAUAAUUUUGCUCUUUUCACAGCAAUUAUACUUUAGAAAAGCUAAUAUUGUGCUACAGAUUGAGCAAUUUAAAUGUCUUGCGUGAUGCUACAGAAAAUGUUCUUUCAAAUUGGCUGGAAGAUGGGGUUUUUUAUACUGGGAUGCCUAAAAUGUAAAUGAAAAUGCGAAAAAAAUAAGGACAAAAUGAUAUACUUACGGUUUAGGCUAGGCCUAUAUUUACAAAUUGCUACUACAGAUAAACCAAUAACCUAAAGCCUAUAUUUGUACUUCAUUAUCAAAAUGAAAUGAAACAUGUCACUCACACAGAAUGGAAUGAUCUAUAGGCUACAGUUUAUAGAGAAUAAUAAGUGGUUUUUUUGUGAUUUUAAGGUGAGGUCUGAUUUACAAAGUGUCCUGGUUUACCAUAUGACUCCAGCACCUCUUAAUAUCCACUUAACUUACUUAUAGGUGAUCCAUUCUUAAUUCCCAGAACUGACGGGUGUCCUUCAGUUGCUUCGGAGAGACACACAAAUCACAUAGAACUGUCCACACCACUGGUCAAAUCAGGUCUUGAUUGUCCAUGAGCACAGCAUGUGAGGACAUGUGAGGACAGCUUGUCCCAGGCAUAACGAGCAGAGCAGAGACAUGAUGACUCAGAAAGAAAGAGGCCAGUGCGCCUCAGUGCUCAUUAAAGGAGAAGACCUGUUGGCAGGUCACUCCCUCAGUAAUGAUCGCUAUGUGCAGAGAGCUGUUCAGCUUACACAACCCGAGCCCAUCUUCUUUGUUUUGACACAAAAAGAAACAAAACCAUCACCAAGCAAAUAAUAGAGCUUUCACCAUGGCAUUGAAAUGUGUGACUUGUUUAGUUUUUUGUUUGUUUGGUUUUUUUUUUGCCAUUUCUGUCUGGUGCAUGAGAUCAUUGCAGCAUUUUGUUUGUAGUGCUAGUUGUAGUGUAGUUUUCUAAUGGUCUUUAAGAACUGUCACAAUCUGGUAAAAUGUUACUUGACAAUUUUAUGAUAUACAAUACAUAUAGUAUAUUACAAUAUUUAUUUUGUUUUCUAAAACAACAAUUCAGACAACAAUCAAAUUAUGUAAAUGAAGAAAAUACAAUCCAAACAUCCAAUCAGGUAGUUGUUGCUAGGAAGAUUUAUUUUUCUAUUGUGACAUCACUGAUUGUUAACAGGCUCUAUAACUGGUUUAAAUCCAUGAUUUAUAUAUUUUGGCAAGCUCCAUGUUGCUUUAUGUAACUAUGACCUAAGCCAUGUUUUAAAUGUUAACGUAUUUUGAAAUGAAAC